AUGCUCCCAGUUGUGAGUGUCCUCUUCACUCUCAGUCUUGUUCAAGGCGCCAAAGUCCACACAGUUGAGCAGUUGGACGUGGAUCUCUCGCUGGUGCCGAUUGGUGCGACUGUUGCCUUCCACAAUCCCUACUGGAAGCGCUACAUCAAGUUGGCGAGUGCCACCGUCGCGGGUGCCAGCAGCACCAACACGAACGCUAGCCCCCUACCAUCAGGGUGGACUCACGAACGUUUCUUGGUGGUGGAUGCUGGGAAUGGACUGGUGGCACUUCACAAUGCAAUCCACAACGGUUUUCUGAAGGUCACUUCAAAUGGGCUUUGCCAAGGUUACGGUGCUUCAGUGUCAGACCUGGGUCCGGAAUGGCUCAAUGAACGCUUCAAGGUGGUGGAUGCCGGGCCGGGGCGGAUUGCUUUGUGGAGCCCCAUGUGGGGAAAGUACGUGAAGAUGCACGACACGCAGAUGAAGGCAGAUGCAACCGCGAUCGGGGAAUGGGAGGAAUUCACUCCAGUAAUUGUGAACGCAGGCAAUCCAUUGCAGCCUCUUAUUGGCCACACGAUAGCCCUGCGCAAUGCUCACCACAAUCGCUUCAUCAAAAUGAAUUCUGGUGGUGUGACAAGGAGUGAUGCAAAAGACAAAGACCAGUUGCCAGCCGCUUGGGAUGAAGAGCGCUUCACAGUGGUUGAUGCUGGGAACAAUCGAAUUGCUCUUUACAAUCGCAAGCACAACCGUUUUGUGAAGAUUCCCAAUGGAGGUCCUGUUGCUUCCAGCCCCACGAUCGAUGCAAAUUCGCCACCCGUCUUCCCAAGCGGUUGGGGAGCAGAAGCAUUGUCUGCGGAAGAUGUGGGAGGUGGACAGAUUGCCUUGAAAGGCACUUACUUCGGUCGCUACAUGCGCAUGCAUUACACCGGAGUGGAUUCAGAGGCAACGACACCAGCAACUUGGGAACGCUAUACAGUUGUGAGGACCCAACAUCCACUGAUCUCAGUGUUGCUCGGACGCUCCGUUGCUCUUCACAAUGCGCACCACAACCGCUUGCUGAAGAUGACUGGAUCGACGAUCGACCGCAGUCCCACGGUGAAUGUGAACUCAAUCCCGAGCUACUACGCAUCCGAGAGAUUUUCUCUGGUGGACGCUGGUGACGGCAAGAUUGGUCUCCAUACCCCUUACUACAACAAAUUCAUGGCGGUGCAGAGCAACAUGGCCAUGUCCUGCAGUGCAGAGAAAGAUGCAAAUCUGCCGUUACGUGAUGAGUCCUUGUCGUUUACCGCGGUGGAUUGUGGUCAGGGUGCCAUUUGUCUUCGGGUGGAUUUCCUGAACCGCUUCGUGAGCAUGCGGAACAGUGACGUGUAUGCGACUGGCCAAAGCACUGCAGCCUGGGAGCGCUUCACAGUCGUAGAGUUCGACACUGCAAUGGCAUUUUUGGUGGGCAAGACCGUUGGUCUGCACAGCCCAAGUGUGAACCGCUUUUUGAUGUUCAGCUUCAAUGACGUGGUUGCCAGUGAGCCGACCAAUAUCAACAACUUCCCUUACGAGUGGUCCUCAGGGCGCUUCAAAGUGCAGUUUGCCGGCAAUGGCAGAGUCACCCUCUACAAUGAAGGCGAAGGUGCGUACGUGGUUGUCCAUAGCAAUGGACAUGUGAAUAUUGCGCGAAGGACCUAUCAGCAGCCGCCGCCCAAUGAGGCAGACAUGCAGUUUCAGGUUGUUGAUGUUCAGGGUGGCGGGGUUGCCCUGAAGAGUGUCCCACACAAUCGCCACGUGAGGAUGAGUGUGGUUCAGACGACGCCUGCCACGGGAUGCAUUGAGUUUGGCCACAAGGUUGUGAUUGCGCAAACAUUUGAUCACCACAACCAGUGUGGUUGGUAUGGGUGCAGGGUGGCGUUCAUGGGAUCUGACAAUCACAUGUACUUCGGCCAUGGAGGCAUGGACCCUACGAGCUUUUAUAUCCGACCGGUUCCUGGGAGCAACCAGCAGGGCUGUGUUUCUUACGGAGACACUGUGGCCAUUGCAUAUUCUGCAGAGUCUGGAGCCAAUGGAUGUGGAUGGUACGGCUGCAGAGUCGGUGCGAUGGUCAACAACGUGUUUGUCUUUGGCCAUGGAGUUGCUGCCAAUUAUUUCUACAUCCGACCUCCACCCAAUGGGCAGACCGGCAGCGUGUCCUACGGCGACCGUGUGGUCAUCGCUUUCACUUCCAACGCUGGAGACACCAGCAACUGCGGUUGGUAUGGCUGUAGGGUUGCGGCGAUGUGGGGCAACAACCAGAUGGGAUUUGGCCAUGGAAAUGGUCUCACACAAUUCCAAUUGAACCCAUUCCCACCCACUGUCGUGGUGGACGCUUCAACAUCCCUGGGCCCUACUGAGAUCUUUGAAUUGCUGACUGUAAAGCUCAUGGACGAGAAUGUGAAUGAAGAUGCGUGGGAGGUGUUUGUAGGCAUGGAUUGUGAGGGAGAGCCUUACUCCAGAGAUCGGUGCGAUCUCAGCAACUGCGAUGGCUGGGGCGGGGCCAAUGCCGAGACCUGCAAGCAGAAAUGCGACAACAACGAGGUCCCUCCAGGGUGCCCGCAGAACAUGCAGUGUCAUGCAUUUACCUGGGGUGCCAACAACUGGUGUCAGCUCUACUCCGGAUGUGAGACUCUUCACAACAACCAGGGAAUCGUGGCUUACAGGCGAGCAAAUCCCACCCUACCUGCUCUUCUCCAAGUGCAGGAUGAUGUUAGUGUGGAGAGCUUUGGGCCUGACGCAGAGUUGGCCUCGAGUUUCCCUUUUGUGAUGAUGAACUUGUCGAAUUUCUCCGGUCUCAUCACAAACGAGUCGCAUCCAGGUAUUCAGCACCGCUUCGGGAAUGUCACCAAGGACCUCAACCUGCUUUAUGAAAAGGUGGAAGGCUUCUACGCAAUCUUGCAUGAGCGCAUGGGUGCAGAUGGUCCUGUGUACUGCCCUCUUCAAUCCUACAUGCAUUUGCCAACAUGCAUCACUAUCGCAACCUGCCUGCUUCAGUCCUCGGUGCCACAGCACAUUUCCAUGGCUUUCUAUUCCAGUAUCAUGGAACAGGCGGCCAGGUUCGAGGAUGUCACGUGGCAGGUCAUUGAAUCGGCGCUGUCCUUUGAAAGCCAUGGACAACAGACACUCAUCCGCGAUGCGGUGCCCAGCAAGUACCGCUGUGACGCCUUCGAAGAGGCGUCCAAGGUGGUGGAAGGUCCUACCUAUCCGGAGCCAUCCAACCACACGGGGCAUGCGCUUGUAGAGGUUAGUCAUGGUGCCUCUAAGGCCUCAGCAACUUUGGCCUUCUCUGCAGCUUUGCACGGUGCCACUCGUUCAAUGCACCGCAUCUUGGAUUCGCAUCAUCUUAACAGCUCCCUGGACGCGACUCUGGGGAACUUGGAGGAUCUUUGGCGUCCGAUUUGUGAGCAACUCGGGUGUGAUCCCAGCAACUAUUGGGAGAUUUUCUUGUCGACCCACCAGCAGACCAUGGCCCUCUUGCAGACCUCCGCCGCUGCCACGAUGCGGAAGGAGAUCCUACAGCGAGCCCAGUUGGAGCGCAGAGUUCAACGUUUCGUGGGCGAGCACGGAGAAGCCUUGCGCGGAAGGCUCUGGCGACCCUACGAGGAAGGUCCUGCUGUGGAGAGCGGCAAGGCAUAUGCUGAAAAGGGGAGAGCAGCUGUACUUCAGUUGGUCCCGGCCGUCGUGAAGACCCUUGCGAAGGUGGAUGCCCGACGAGCCAUGCGCUUCUUGGACCAGGUGGAGUUGAAGAAGUACGUUCAGCGGAAGGCUGAAAGUCAAGGCAAGAUCUUGGACUCCAAAGAGCUCUUGGAGGCCGAAGUGGCUUUGACUCUGAAGACUUCCAACACCUGGUUCAUUGACAAUUGGCCAGGGGGUUUGAAGUGCUUCGGCAAGUUCUCGCUGUUCUACACUCAGGGCUACUACAAAUCGAUUGUAAGUUCAGGUGCCUUUGGGGCUACCUUUGCUUUUGGCCUUUCAGCUGGUGUGGCCUCCUCCUUGGAACAGCUUGUCUAUGGCCUUGAGCCCGCUGGUUGGUUUUCAUUCUUCAUGAGCUUCAGUGCUGGACUGGCUGCGGGCCCACCCACAGGCCCUUGGUUCUGGUCAGGCAUGUGCGCCAGCGGCACCCUUCAGUGUGGCUGCGGCCCUUGUGAGUUCAGUCUCACCGUAGGAGCUGUUGCUAUCGUUGCUACAGAGUGGACCAAUGGACUAGUCUGCCCCAUUCGCUUCCCACCUGCAACAGGCAUCAAGUGCUCUCAAGGCGCCGGAGUGUUCUUCACCACGUUUUGCUGCAAGGUGAACAUGGUGACCGGUGCACACGAUUGUCGAUAA